CUCGUGGGCUUCGCGUUGUUUUUCUGUUCUCAGUCGUGGACCACUCAAGCCUGGGCUGUUAGGGAGGCUGCUGGUUCUCCGAGACCCCCUGGCCGAACCGAACAAGGGAAAUGGUCCCCGCCCUGCCACUCGUCAGUUGAAGAGUGGCCGCCCUGGCAGGGUGGCAGGCCAGCUGCGGCGCGGGGCGCCGGCCAGAAGGGCUGCAUUGUCGUCCUGUCUGUCCUGCUGAAUGUCGGUUCCAGAGGAUGAGGAGAGGCUUUUGCCGCUCGCCCAGAGAUGGCCCCGAGCGAGCAAGUUCCUCCUGUCGGGCUGCGCGGCUACCGUGGCCGAGCUAGCAACCUUUCCCCUCGAUCUCACAAAAACUCGACUCCAAAUGCAAGGAGAAGCUGCCCUUGCUCGGCUGGGAGACAGUGCAAGAGACUCUGCUCCCUACAGGGGCAUGGUGCGCACGGCCCUAGGGAUUGUCCAAGAGGAAGGCUUUCGAAAGCUUUGGCAAGGAGUGACUCCCGCCAUUUACAGACACAUAGUGUACUCUGGAGGUCGAAUGGUCACAUAUGAACAUCUCCGUGAAGUCGUGUUUGGCAAAACUGAAGAUAAGCAUUAUCCCCUUUGGAAAUCAGUGAUUGGAGGGAUGAUGGCUGGUGUUGUUGGCCAAUUUUUAGCCAACCCAACUGACCUAGUAAAGGUUCAGAUGCAAAUGGAAGGAAAAAGGAAACUUGAAGGAAAACCGCUGCGAUUUCGUGGCGUGCAUCAUGCAUUUGCAAAAAUCUUAGCUGAAGGAGGAAUACGUGGGCUUUGGGCAGGCUGGGUACCCAAUAUACAAAGAGCAGCGCUGGUGAAUAUGGGAGAUUUAACCACUUAUGAUACAGUGAAACACUACUUGGUAUUGAAUACACCACUCGAGGACAAUAUCAUGACUCAUGGUUUAUCAAGUUUAUGUUCUGGACUGGUAGCUUCUAUUCUGGGAACACCAGCCGAUGUCAUCAAAAGCCGAAUCAUGAAUCAACCACGAGAUAAACAAGGAAGGGGACUUCUGUAUAAAUCAUCAACUGACUGCUUGAUUCAGGCUGUGCAAGGAGAAGGAUUCAUGAGUCUAUAUAAAGGCUUUUUACCAUCUUGGCUGCGAAUGGAUGAUUUCUGAAGACUUCAACAUCUUCCGCACCUCCAUGCUCCCAUAGCUUCCCCUACUGCAGAUGCAUGUCUGUAUGGAUGGAUGGAUACCUACUUCCCCUCUACAGAAUGAACUGCUUGCAAGCAAGGACCAUGUAAUACAUCUCUGUAUCUCUUAUAAACUUCAAUAGAAGCCAAGUAAAAGGUAUUUGUUGAAUUCAGAGAUUUUUGGGGGGUGGAGAGAGAAAAACAUUUAUGUACACACGGUUAAGUCAUAUGCUGUUUUCCACCUACCUUCAGAAUAAUUAAGUUGAGUCAAUAACACUUGAUUUCAUUAUAUUCUUUACCAUAUUAAGUGCUUAACUGCAUUUUCAAAAGAUCAUGUGUGUUUAAAUGUAAUUAUUAUAAUUUUAAGAAGUAUUAUCUUCAUCAGUUUAAUAGCUAUUCCACAAAAAUCUAGAAUUUGGUAGUUUUAAAUAAUACAAAAUAUUUGGUUAAUUGAUUGAUAGUUAAUGAGUAAGAAAGGAGUUUAUAUAUUCUUCAUUUUAGGGCGUAUAUGGAAAUUAUAUCACUAUUUUGGCCUUCACUGAUACCAUACAAAUGCACAUUUUACCCACUCAAGUGUUUUAUUAUUUCUGAAUUUUGAGGAAUACAUGAUUAUUUUUCUCUCCCCAUACUUUACCCCCAACAGGCUGCUGUGAUUGUCAACAGCAGCAGGAGCCACUUUGAAGGCUUGAUAAAAGCAGAUGAAGAGGCUUAAAGAUGUCUGUUUGCUGAAAAUAUCUGGUAACAAACAGGAAUAUAUGUGAGUAAAUAUAGUGCAUUAUUCUGAUUUUUAAAAUAAAUGUUUUAAAAUGCCUAAUUGGUUGUUAAGGGUUUUGUUUUUUCCUGGUGUAUUUUUGAGUUAAAAUGAUAAUAAAUUUAGAGAUUAAUUCUUAAUCUUUACUUUUCUCAAUUGAAAUAAAUAGUGGCCUAAUUUAUAAUGUCAUAUUUGAAAUAUUUAUAUUAGCAAAAAGGACACUCAUACCUUGUCGCUAUAAAUUUUAUUUUAUGGAUAUUCCCUAUUAAUCCAGUUCUGCUAUGACUAAAAAGAUGGAUAAGUAAUAAUUACAGUGAUAGACAUACUUACUAAGGAAAAUGUUAGAAUUUAAACAUUAGAAAAUUAGUCCCUUCUUUUUUGAUACCAUGUUCUAUUUUGAUUUCCAUGAUACUAUUCCCUCUUGUCACUUAUAUUUUUCAUUACUACUUUUCAGUUUCUAUUGGCUGUUUGCUGCCAAGUCCUUAAAAUUUGGUUCUUCAACAUUCUGUUCUUGGCCCUCUUCUCAAUGUUCACUCUCUCUCUAGGAAGAGCCACACAUUUCUGUAACUUCAGCUACUACACUUGGGCUGGUAAUUCCCAAAUAUAUAAUAGGCACUCAAUAAAUACUUGUUACUAUAUUAUCUGUGUUCCUGGUCCUUACUCAUUGCUCAAGCUUUAGUCAUGUUUUCUCAAUUGGCAACUGAAUGUCAGGGUGGGCCACAGUCAUUGUGAGCUCAAAUUUCCCAGCAUUAAAUCAGUAUCUUUUAUAACAAUCCUUCCUCCCUGCCCUUUAAAAUAGGCUCUUCCUCCAGGAUUUUCUUUUGCACUACAUACCCAAUACUGCAGCCAAGAAACCUCAGGACAUCCUUCACUUCUCAUUUGUUUUCUUUACUUAUUGUCCAAAAUGCUUAAAUCCGUUUAUGAAAAAGAAAACUACAGACCAGUGUCUCUUAUGAACACAGAUGCAAAAGUCCAUAAGCACCACUUUACACUCAUUAGGAUGGCUAUUAUUAAAAAAUAAAAAAAAUUAAGUGUUGGUGACGAUGUGGAGAAAUUGGAACACUGAAUUGCUGGUGAAAAUGCUACAGCCGCUAUACAAAACAGUAUGGGGUUU